UUGCCAGGGGACACUUCACAGCCACCUCCUCCAAUCAGGACUCAUCUCUCUGUGCCCAAUCACAGAAGCCAAGAGAGCUGUAGUCGGAGGUGAAAGGUCACGCUGCUGUUUGGCGGCCAUUUCUCUGGAGGCUCCGCGAUUCGCGCCCAACUGUAGCUACUCCAGUCACGAGGGGCGGACGACAGCUGGGUCGGCGGCGAGUGGCCUGCAGCAUUUGCUUAUAGUCGCGAUGAGUUUGCCCCUCAAUCCCAAACCUUUCCUGAAUGGAUUAACAGGAAAGCCAGUAAUGGUGAAACUUAAGUGGGGAAUGGAGUACAAAGGCUACCUGGUAUCUGUAGAUGGCUAUAUGAACAUGCAGCUUGCAAACACAGAAGAAUACAUAGAUGGAGCAUUGUCUGGACAUUUGGGUGAAGUUUUAAUAAGGUGUAAUAAUGUCCUUUAUAUCAGGGGUGUUGAAGAAGAGGAAGAAGAUGGGGAAAUGAGAGAAUAGCAUCUUUUGUGGGGAAUUUUUUUUAUAUAUAUUUCUAGACAAUAAACUUUUUUUUUU